UAGGUCCCUUCACAUCAGAUAUUCCGUGGACGCCGUGGCCUGCAACAAAAGUUCCGGGUGGGAGCGACAUGGCGUUACCGGAUCCAGGAGGGAAUGCGCUGCAAAACGCCAUGAAGAUGGCGCGGGUCGCCAUUCAGCUGGACACGGAGAGCCGGCAGAAGGAAGCUUAUUGUGAAUACCUUAAAAGUAUACACUUUAUAUCACAAGCUUUACUAGAAGAUGCCCAAAUAAAAGAUGAGAAGGAGCUGGUAACACCCGAAGUGCAGAAAAUGCUGAAGUUGGCUGAUCAAUGCUUAGAAAGGAUUAAAACCACAGCUGCUAAACUUGGUGAAGUGGAAAGGCAGCCUUCAGCAAGCCAGGUCACAAAGCCCUCAUACACUCCGAGUCAUCGAAGAGUCGCCUCAGAUGGGGGAAGCACUACUACAUCACUUUUACCUCCUGAAGUCUUCCAAAAGAAGCAAAUUCCGGAAACACUAAUAACAAAAAGAGAACUUACUCCAUUGGAAGAAGCUUCAAGACAGAACCAGAAGUUAAGAGCUUCUUACGAGGCAAGGAUGGCACGGUUGAAUCCUAAUCAGGGUAUGCAGAAAACAUCAUUGACUUUAUCUCUGCAGCGGCAGAUGAUGGAAAACCUGAUCAUUGGACAGGCCAGACAGGCAGCACUGCAGAGAAAGAUGGAAGAACGAAGGCUGAGACUUCAGGAAGAAGCAAACAGGAGAUUUUCAAACAGUGCCGUACUGACUCCUGAGGAGGAGGAGCAGAGAAAUGUAUAUGCAAGCAUUUUAGAGUUCGAGCAGGACCACGAGUGGCCUAAACAAUGGAAAAUGCAACUGAAAUUGCAACCUAAUGACCUUGCACUGGUGGCUGGCCUUGUAUCCCAAAUACUGAGCUGCUCAGAAUAUCCAAUCACACAACUACUGAAGAAGCUACAGUGCCGAAUUUACAGCAAGCUUUACCCUAUUGUGAAAUCACAGUGCUCAGACCUGGCCAACAUUACUGAACUGUGUCCAGGUUCUACAUUAUACACAUCGCCUGCCCAGUGCCCACUGACGCCAGAUGUAGCAUCUUCGUUCAACAGGGGAAGCAGGUUAAAGUCUUCCAAGAGUGCAUGUUGCUUGGGGAAUUUUCAAGAUCAGGGCAAGAUAAGUUCUGGUGGCCUAAGACACAGUUCCUCAGUCAGCUCAGUAGUAUUAAGUGAACAGAAUAAUGCAAGCUCAGAUAUUAGGAGUCAGAGUGCACUGCAACAAAAAUAUGCAAGUCAACAGUUCAACCCAGCAGUGAGUGAUAGAGCAGAUCUGUUGAUUGACAAAAACAGCCCUUUUGAAGAUUUGGAACACUAUGUGAUGAAGUUUGAGCAACAACCAAGCAGUGUCACGGACAGCCUGAUGCUAAUGACAAACACAGAACAUCAUCAAAUGGAAGCUAUUCCACUGCAAGACCACCUAAAGGAUAUUGUGACUGAUGUGCAUAAUUCAAUUGACAGGUUGCUGUCCUUGUGUAUUCUGGCUUUUGAACCUCUCAACACUGCAACAGGGAAAGACCAGUGUCUGGCCAGCAUCGAGGAGGCUUUGUUCCAGCCUAUCUGGGUGUUCCUUUUGGCUCUAUUUAGAAAAGUGAAUACACAAAGGGAAAUGGCACUUGACAAAAGCAUCAAGUUGUACAAGUCAGCAGGUCCAGCCGAUAUUGGUAUUGCAGCUAAACUCUUUCCCAAGGAAUCUACAUCUUCAAAUGACUCCUAUCCAUAUGAAGCUGCAGUCAAGGAGUUACGACAAAUAACCAAAGAAUAUUGUCCACAAAAAAAGCUUGAAUGUAUUGUGCGAACUCUCCGUCUUAUCUGUGAAUGCGCUGAUCAUUACUGCAGUUCUAAGGAAGCUGGUGCAAUCCAUGUUACUUCUGCAAUCGGUGCCGAUGAUCUGCUGCCCAUCUUGUCGUAUGUAGUGCUGAAGAGUAACUUAAUGCAGCUUGUAUCAGAGUGUGCAGCAUUGGAAGAAUUUAUUCAUGAAGGCUAUUUAAUUGGUGAAGAAGGGUACUGCUUGACAUCCAUGCAGAGUGCUCUCUCAUACGUGGAAUCUUUAUCCAAAGCUUGAAUCUUGUCUUUUUCAUCUGUACAUUUGCUGAGAAUGGCUUGUUACAAAAAUAUUUACUAAAAGACAGGUUUUGUAUUAAAUGUAGUUUUCAAUAGAUAUAUAAAAUGUUUCAAUAUUUAGGACUAACAAUUUGAAGUUGUCCAGAAUAUUCUUCUUAUAAAAUGUGACUUGUUGAGGUAAUAAUAAAAGACUGCACAAAGGUCAAGUAGAAGAUUUAAUCUUCCAUACUAAGCUGGAGAGGACCACAGCCUAAAAGACAUUAGAGCUGGACAAGUUCACACUCUCUCCUUCAAUACAGGUUCCGCAUUUUCUGUGGAAUAAUUUGGAUGCUAGAUAUUUUUCCUCCUUGUAUCCUAAUAUAUUUAAACCAAAUCAGUAGGACUUUGUUCAGUUAAUAUUGGUUUAAAUCAAUAGAUUUUCAUAUGUUGUAUUUAAUGUUUAUUUAAAAGAAACACAAUAGGAGUUUUUAAUGCUGCUGUACAAAUCUUUUACUGAAAACCUAAGAAUGAAAAGAUUCACCAGGGUCACAAAGAUUUGAAAUUUUGUUCCUAUAAAUAACAAAUAUUCUGAAGUUUCUGAUUACUUUUUAAAUAUUAUUUUUAUUGUAUAUUUUUCUGUGCAUUUGUACAUGUGUAAAUUCCAAGGCAAGAUAUAGGUUAUUGCCAGUGAGGAAGUAAUUUAUUGUUAUUCUGCUGGAAAGAAAAGAGGCCUUUUUGGGGGUGAAGGUAGGAGAAGAGGAGAGAUAUUUGUUAAAUAUCAUUGAGUGUGUUUGUGCAUUAUUAUGCCAAAAAUUAGACAUGCUUAUGGGGAUGGGUUUAAGAUUGCACUAGUGAUGCCCAGCCACUACUUACAGGCAGCAAAAAACAAAAGAAAGGAAGCUACUAAAAAUCUUAUUAACAAAUCUUUAUUAAUAAUGAUCAAUGCUAACAAUGCAGAGAUGAGCAGUAGUGAUGGUGCAGGCGAAUCCUGUCAUGGCAAGCAGAGUCAAGACGUUCCCAAGAGCAAGGAAAGUCCCGACAUCUGAUCAAUUUAAACACCAGGCUGAACUGGAAAGGUCAGGUACAGACUCCAGAGCAGUCUGAGAGCUAGGAGCAGCCUGUUGUUUGGAUGAUUUAAGCACUGGGCCAGAUUGAAAAGGUCAGGGUGUCAGGGCUGGAGGCAAGGGAUGGGCCAGUGCUGCUAACUGCUCCGUGACACUUGCUCAGCUCUGCGCAGUGAUGCCUGACUUCGCGUCUAUGGUUUCGCAAUGUUUACUCAGCUUUGGAAUGAACUGUGCCUGUUGCCUGCAGCAGCUGCAGUGACGCCUGGCUUUGUGUCUUUCGUAAAACUCCAGUUCUGAAGCUAUUUGUCUGCUUUUGUUGUUAGCGAGAUUUGUUUUUUCUCUCUGCGCAUUGGAUGUUUGACAGUUUUGGUGGGUUCUUUUGAGGUUUCUUUGUUUUGUGCCGGCCUGUAAGGAGACAAAUCAAUCUCAAGGUUGUAUGGCACAUACAUGCUUUGAUAAUAAAUUUACUUUGAACCUUGUAAAGUAGACAAAAAUUACAGUAAACACAAGAAAUUCUGCAGAUGCUGGAAAUCCAAAGUAACAUACACAAAAUGCUACAGAAAUGAACAAACAGUUGACAUUUCAGACCGAAAUUCUUCUUCAGGACUGGAAAGCAAAGAGGGAAGACGCCAGAAUGAAAAGGUAGGAGGAGGGGAAGGAGGAUAGCUAGAAGGUAAUAGGUGAAGCCAGGUGGGUGGAAAGGGUCAAAGGCUAAGGGCCAGAGAGGAAGAAAUCGAAUGGGAGAGUGGACAAUGAGAGAAAGGGAAGGAGGAGGGGUACUGGAGGGGGAGGUCAUAGACAGCAAAGAAGAAUUAAGAGGCUAGAGUGGGGAAUAGAAUAAAAGAAAAGGGGGAGGGAUUUUUUUUAACCAGAAGGAGAAACAUACCAUCAGGUUGGAGGCUACCCAGACAGAAUAUAAGGUGAUGCUCCUGUAUCCUCUGCUGAUGUUAUAGGUGUUCUGUGCUUACAGUAACUGGCAUAAUAUGCUGUAUGAAGUAACUACUUGACAGCUGGCCACUUCUCCAUUCAGAUUUUACAAGUGUGAGAUGUCAAAAUUAAAUACACCAUUAUUUACACAAUCUCGCAUUUAGAAAAUCAGAAGACUAAUGUUGGGUGCAUAUUUUUUUUAUCAUAUUUGUGAAAGAAACAUAGCUGGUUAAUUAAGCUGAGCAUUAAGGAAUUGAGGGAAAUCUGAAUAGUUUUGAUAACUGAAAAAAUUAAUGUGACCCUAAUGAAUCGUGAAGUGGGCUGCUGGGCUAAAUGGUUUCCUCUUUCUCCUCUUGUUUAUAGUAACACACACAAAAUGCUACAGGAGCUAAGCAGGUCAGGCAGCAUCGAAGGAAAAGAAUAAAGACUCCUUAUUCCCUUCUGUAGAUGCUGCCUGGCCUGCCGAGUGCCUCUGACAGUUUGUGUGUGUCACUCUGGAUUUCCAGCAUCUGCAAAAGCCCUUGUAUUUAUGAUUUACUGAUCCUGAUUAUGCUUUUUUGUCCAGCAUUACAGGAUACUGCAGAAAAGAGGCUACUGUUCUUUUUGCACUCCUUAGUCUUCAUUGACCACAACCUUUUAUUCAAAUUCAGUAUCCUUUUGAUUGUGUGAAAAGGUUGGAAUAAUAUUUUAAUUUUUUUCUAUGUGCUUAUAUAAUUAGCUAAAAAGACCAGAGGAUAUUAACUAUUGCAUUAAAGCCUCAAGUUUGAUUCACUAAAUACACUAGUUUUAGGUAAAAUUGAGGAAGGUUAUUAGAGAUCUGUAAAUGGGCUGCCAUGUGCAAUUGAAGUAAAAUAUUUCCUAAAGGGCUUUGUGUAAAAGAAAAAUGCAGGUUAGAGUGUUUCAGUUUUGAGUUGCUGGUGUAACAGACAGAUUUUUCACUAGUGAUUCAGUGAUUACACAGUUCCAGCAACCAGGAUUCAAUCAUGAUUUCAGCUGCUGUCUGUGUGCAAUUGCACAAUCUUCUUGUCUUGUAUAGACUUCCCUGGCUGCUCUGGUUUCUGCCCACAUUCACGCUAGAAAGUUAAUUGGCUCCUGUUAAUUACCUCAAUGUAAAAGUAAGUGGUAAAAGAACCUCACCAUGGUAUGUGGAAAAUUGCAGAUGUGAAUUUUACAAAUAAAAUCUUGCCUCAAUUAUAUUAAACAGGUUUAAAAAAAACAUUAACAUUCUUCAGAGAAGGGAAUUUAACAUUUUAACCUGAUAUCAACUCAAAACAUCAAUUAUUUUCCUCACAUGGAUGCUGUUCGACACACUGGGUUCCUUGAGCAAAUUGUUUGUAGCUCCAGAUUACAGCAUCUGCAGUCUCUUUGUCUACAUUCCUUACCCAUCUAGGUUGUACGUGACUUUCAGCAGCUUCCUCAGCAACUGAGCCUAUACCAUAAAUACUGGCAUUGUCAGUGACGUCUGUAUUUUGCAAAUGAGUAAAGAGGACAAACUUAGACUUCACUUCUAACUCUCCGUAGGGUUAUUCGUAAUAGCAUCUUAGCAACAGGAAGUGAAGAGAUUGUAUAGUCUGGAUACAAGCCAUUCAGCCUUUCUGUAUCUCUUUUAAAUUCCUUACACUCACUCUACUGAAAUUUCUGAGUGGAAACUUCCAAGCUUCAAACACUUUCCCUAUUGGCAAGUUAUUUUCUCUGAGUAGAGAAAUAUAUAGAAAUUUCUAUAUUGGAGAUUGUUUGCUUAUAGCCAUUAAUUUUUGUUUCUGCCAAAAGUGGAUUCCUUUUUUUAUCCAAUCCAUUCAGAAUUUUAAACUUUUAUAAUUAGAAUUGGAGCUUGGCAAUUCAGUAUUCUCCAAGUCUCUUUUUUUUAAAAAGAGAAGGAUACUAACCCUUUCUUUUGCAAUAGAAAUAUUUUUCAUUUCUGGUACUAUUCUUUCAUGAUUCUGUUCUGUUCUUUCUGUUAUACAGGAACUAGACAGUCUACACUGUGGAUUAUGAAUUGAUAAAUAUAGCUUGCAUGAUUUAGAUAUUAAAAAUGCACUUUAGUGAUUCAUUGUUUUCUUUGUAUUUUCAAUCGCAUUCAAAAACAACAAAAAUACGGAGGAAAAGCUUGUAAAUGCUUUGAAGAAUAUUUUUGCUGUUCUGCCAAGAAUUUGGCAAUAAAUGACUACAGCACUGCUAUAUCGUCCCAUACACAGUAUUGAAAUGAAUUGAAAUAAUUAACGCAAAAUGUUGAUGGCCUUUAAGUGCUAACUAGAAAAAUUUGCACUCUAGAUAUUUGGAACAGAGAAUGAUAUUCUGCUGGAGUCCAAAAUAUUUAAUUUUAGCUGUGAAUAUUUACAGUGAUAUUUAUUUGUGUAUUAGUAAUCCUAAACAAUUGCUUUGCCUGAGACUUCUGAGGUAAACAAGUUUUACUGAGAUAGCUUCCCAUUAUUUCUCAACCCCACCCCCAAAAUAAUUAUUCUUGGACUACUUCCAAGUGGCUGCACCUAAAGCCAAAAUGCUCUUCUAGAUCAUUGUACUUUGGCUAGGCUUCUUUCCUGCUGCACGCAAAUCAAUAUCUGAGCUAGUGAUGCACUGUUUGCUGACUGGGAUUGGCUUGUGUUGAGCAUAACUCCAGUCCCUCAGACUAUGAAAAUGUUACUGCUGUUAGGAUACUACAGCUGCGUAGAAUGUGUCUGCUAGGAGGUGUAUACCUUGUGAUACCUUGAUACAAAGGGAUACAACUAGCCUCUGACCACAUAGGAUAUCUGAAGCAACCGAAGAAACCUUCAUCUUUCUACUCGAGACAAAAGUGGAUUCCUGUACUGAACUAAUUAAUGCUCUUAAUCUUUUGCUGCACCAAUUCAUCCUGUUAGGAAAUUCUGACUUAACCACGUGAAAUUUCAAUAAAACUUUCUUUGGAUACCCUUCAAUUGAGUAGAUACCCGGCUUCCUUUGGCAAGGUUUUACUUUCUUUUCAAAUCCAAAGGAGCAAACAAAAAUGAAGGUGUUCUCUGAGUUACCUCAUACUUGACAAAACAAAUGUUUAAUUUCUAUCUGAGGAAGAUAUCCCUUCUAAAUGCAAGAUAAAAGUGAAUAGAUAUUAUGAAGUGAAAGCUUUCUCAUGUUUGAAACAUUUGAUCAUAAUAAAUACAUUCUCAUUGUUAAUAAGUGAUCAGUUAUGUUGAAAGGGAUAGGGUUUGAUAAAAAUGUGCAGCUAUGUGGUGGUAUGAAAUAUUAGGUGGUUAGUUACUUGAACUUGCUGUGCAUUUGUAAUUUGGGAAAGUUUUUCUUUAAAUAGUUAAAUGUUAGAUUAUUCAAAAGAACAAGUUUAUAACCAAGUUACUGCAGCCUUUGAGGUAAAAAAAUUUAAAUAUGAUCUGACCACUCAAAUAAAUCCAGCAGAUGUUGUAUUUACAUUUUUGAUAUAUAGUUUAUUAAUGAAAGCGACUGAAUUUUAACUGUGACUUAUGAAUGAAAUGGAAUAUGCUUGCAGAUUAUUUUUAAAAGUUUGCAUUACAAAAGGGAAAGUCUUUAUCCAAUUUAUUGUUAUGUACAAAAAUGCUAUUUGGUAAUUAUAACAAAAUGGUGAGAUCAGUGGCACAGUUUAUACAUUUUUCUGUUUUAUCAAUCGUCACUACAGUUAGUUUUCCCUUUCAGUUUUCCAUGCAACUUCCAGUGAUGGGGAAAUGUGAUUGUGCUCACUGUGUAUUUGUGCUAUAUAGAUCAAUUUAUUUGGUGAUGGAAUUUUAUGAUAAUGCUUCCAGUACAAUUUUACCUGGAAAAAAUAUAAUGAGUUUAUUUAAGUUGUGCUCACAGUUGAACUAAAUUGCAAUUCUUCUGUAUAAAUAAAAAUUUUAAAUUGUGAUUUCUCCUAUGAAUGUAUUAACAUGAAUAGGUGCAUUACUGUGAACUAUAUUUUAGAAAUAAAAAUAAAAAUUUGGUAAUGGGAAGAUCAAUCUUGCUCACUG